AUGGAUAGCCUCAGAAAUUGUCUAUUAUCAUCAGCCAUAUGUCUCCUCUCGGCCACGGAAGCCUAUGCUGCGGCACAGAACACCACCGCACUUCCUCAUAACACCACCCUGCCGCAGAACACUACCGCAGAAGAGGCUCUUGUUGGCUGGGACGCCGGUCCUGCCCGACGCGGCACUCUCCGGCUCCUUUGGAGUUGUAUCGCGACAAUGUUCACCUGCACAUGGACUGUGCUGCACAUGAACGUGCCCGGCUACAAUGACAGUCCCAUGCGCAGAUUGACGCGGAAGAUGAAGUGGCUCGCCAUCAACGUGCUCUUUCCCGAGUUCAUAUUCUCAAAAGCAGUCUGCGAUCUUCGGCUAGCUCUUGACGAGCUCCGUAGGUUCGACGAAGGCCUUCGCAUACAUGGGCCAAUAGAAUGGAAGCGCGGUCACUGCAAAGGAAGCUGGGAAAUCAAAUAUCCGGCGUUUUCUAGCAUCAUAUUUCGCCUACUGUUGCUUAAGUGGCCGCCGGCACACAGUUCCGAGCUCUCGUCGGCCAGUGGUCCAUUCUCGACAAUCCGACGAUCCCAUUCAGACAUUCAACCCACGAGUUCUGUCUUGCUGGACCAAAAUUCAGACGAAAGCGGAAAGCAGACAGUACCUAACGAAGAUAAGGAGGAGUCUGGGCCGAACAAUGAAAAAUUAGCUACGGGCAGUACCCCAGACACAGAGCUCAAGAACCCGGAAUGGACGGUGGUGCAUUCGUAUUAUGCCCAGAUGGGAGGGAUCUUGUGCCUGCAUAAAUAUGCAGGGUGCGCCGGCUUGACUGGAUGCUUCCCCUUUGCUUCUCCGGCGAUGAUUUGGGCUUUCGACUGGGAUGAUAACCAACACCCUCUGCAAGAUUUCGCGCUGAGGGCAGAAGACAUCCAGGACAGGAGCAAAGCAGACUGGCUCGCGAAGGGCGUCUCUAUGCUACAAAUCACAUGGCUCAUCAUCAAUGUCCUUGUCCGCGGUGUCACUGGCCUCCCUGUCACACAACUGGAGAUUUCCGCAUUCGCGUUUGCUGUCAUGGCCAUCGGGAUAUACGUGGCAAAUUGGUGGAAGCCUAAGGACGUCUUGCGCCCAACCGUCCAGUCGGCGUCGUUCAAAUCCUACGGGAUGAACGACAUGGGGACAGUUCCUUUUGUGCAGUCGUUCACUGACGGCUUGCACUGGCUUCGGACAACUCGGAACGUUAACUCGGCACCUAAAAGCUUUUGGGAGUGGAACUUUGCAACUGCAAGACGGGUUGAGAACGAUCUAGUUUGGAUGGAUGGCGAGCCGCCUUACUUUUUCGUCAUGGUGGGCUUAUCAUCCCUGGCCUUCGGCGGUAUGCAUUGCAUCGCAUGGAAUUCCAAGUUUCCCACCACGACCGAGCUCGUAUGUUGGAGAGUUGCUAGUCUCAUAUCAGCAAUCCUGCCGGCAACAGUGCUUGGUAUCAAUCUCGUUCUCGACUAUAUAUCCAACAAUUAUGGAAAAUGCCGAUGGAACAACGCACCGAUUGACGAGCUUUGUGAGGACACUGCAAGGGUUUUGGCCAACUGCAGCAGCAUGGUUUAUAUGACCGCCCGUCUGACGGUCAUCACCCUCAUGUUCACUUGUCUCCGUGCCGCACCGGUGGGCGUCUACCAAAUGACCCCGUGGACUCGGUUUCUACCGAGAAUCUCGUAG